AUGGCUGUGAACCUGCUGCUCAAGGCUUGUCAAGAUGGCGACGCGUACAGUGGGCUCCAGGCGUUCAAGGCGGCGCUUCAACGCAAGCUUCGACUCCGCGAUGAAGCGGCGACGCACGCCAUGUUUAUUGACGCAUUUGAGCAGGCAAUUGUGCCUUUCCGUUGCGCGGAGGCUGUUUCUGAGUUGUCUGUCGAACUAUUUUCAACACUGAGGGAGUUUGGGCACAAUGGUGACCCUGCUGGCUUCCGGCUAGUGCGUGCCAUCCUAAGCUGCAUUAAGAGCGUCCCAGAGGAAGAAGCCUCGGUGGCGUGGUGCCGCGCAUAUGUGCAGUUCCUCGUAGACGCACUCGGCUGGUGGCGAGCUGGCAGAAACCUUCAGGACCACACGGACGAAAUAUAUUCUCUAGAUUUCGUUAAGCUUCUUAAAGAGGAACUCACUCGUGCUUACAUGCUUCUCGCCAAGCAAACGGAGGGCGACGGAGAGGUGUCAUGUGAGGCGCUCGCAAAUGCGUACAAGGCAAGUCUUUGCUGCGCCUCGAGCAGGGAUCUGAUUAUGUUGUUGGUGGAAAAGGUCCGUCUAGAGCUUACGCAGACGGAGCGGGACUUCUUAAUUGCACGCACCCUCUACGGCGUCCUCUCGGCGCAUGGGGAGGCGGAGACGUCACCGCAAAGUGCACUGGCGGCGGCCAACUUAUUGCUGUCUUCUGAGGCGGUGCCGCCUGAACGCGCCGCGCUGGAGAGUUUUCUCCGUGACGUACUGCUCAUUUUCAACUAUGUCGCCACGAGGCCAGCCCUUCCCUCAGGGAAGGAGUUGGGAGGAAAUGUGAUCGAGGCACUCUGCAGCGCCUACAGCUCGACCUUGUUGCCCGUUUCCGACUUGGAUUGGGUGGCGCUCUUGCGGGCCUUCCCUACGGAGAGCGAAUGCGCUGUUGCAGGCGCACCGACGGAGAGAGAGAGAGAGUGA